UAAAAUUGUAAUAAUGGAUACAGAUAAAAAAAAUAAUGAAAUACAUACGGUUUCACUGAGUGAAUUAUUUCAAUCAUUUGAAAAGAGUUUGGGAUUUAAAAAUAAAAUAAAAUGGAAUAUCGCUAUACUGAUAAUUCUAUACCAUGUCUUAGGUAUUUACUGGAGUUAUAAGUACGCUUUUCCAGCGAAAUGGCAAACCCUUGCUUUUACUCUAGCCAUGUACAUGUUCGCUGGUUUUGGUCUUACGGCAGGAGUUCAUAAAGUUUGGUCACACAGAGCAUUUAAAGUAAACUUACCUCUCCACUUAAUUUUACUUGCUGCCUAUGCAAGUGCGGGACAGAAUUCCAUAUAUCAAUGGGUUCUCGACCACCGCGUUCACCAUAAGUACAGCGAUACAGAAGCUGACCCACACAAUGCCAAUCGUGGCUUGUUUUUUUCUCACAUCGGAUGGCUAUUGACAAAGAAAAACGAGCUAGUAUUAAGUCGUGGUAAACAGAUAGACAUGAGCGACAUAACCGAUGAUCCACUGUUACGAUUUUUUAACAAGUAUUUCACAUAUUUUAAACUGCUAUUCUGCUAUAUUUUACCAUUCUACAUUAACGUUUAUAUUUUGGGUGAAACCUGGCAAUGUACUAUAGCGUGGCAAUGGUUUAUACGAUUUUUGUCUGUGUUCCACACUGAACUAACGGUUAACAGCCUAGCACAUACGUUUGGAACUAGGCCUUACAACAAAGAAAUAGUACCCACACAAAACAAAUUCGUAUCACUUUUAACAUUCGGCGAAGGUACCCAUAAUUUCCAUCAUGCGUUUCCAUACGAUUAUAGAUCGGGAGAACAAUUUGACUACUUCAAUUUGACCAGGCUCACUAUCGAUUUUUUUAGUAAGAUCGGUUGGGCAUACGACUUAAAAGCAGCUACGCCAGCUAUGAUCAAGUCUAUGUCGCAAAGACUGGGCGAUGGAACUCGCAUAGACCGCUCCCCAAAUGUUGAACCAGAAAAAGUUAAUUAAAAAUAUGUUUUAUAUAGACUUCGAGCAAGAAUCGAAACGUUUACUGACAGUGGUAGUCAGAAACCCUUUCAAUAUUCUUAGCUGAAUUCACGUUUUUUACUUACGGACUGGUUUUUAUUUGUUAAUACAAUUUCAUUCAUAUUGUGUAUAUAAUAUUGGGUUAUUUAAACUAUGGGAUCAAUUUAUUUAUUAUAUUAUAACAUAUUUAAAACAGGGCUACCACAAUUAUAAAACUGAUUAAUUUUAAAAUGAAAUUAUAUAUUUACAUACAGAACAACAUUCAUUAAUUGUUUUUGGAUUUCUUAUGAUAUGAUUAUGUUUUAGCUUUAGAAUGUACCUUGAAAUAUAGCUAUAUAGUUAUUUAUAACAUACCAACACAAAAUUUUUGUGUGUAUAGAUAAAAAUAUUAACAAUAUAUAACAACAACUAUUAUAAUGCAGUUUAUAUAAUGUUAUUUUUAUAUUUUACAUAAAUAUUGUAGACGGUGUUAUUUAAAACCUAAUAUCAAUAGCGGCUA